AUGUUAUUUUGUCUCAUUCUAGGGGACGCUAUUAGAAACGCUUUUUUGGUUAGAACCAAUAAAAACAAGACUGUUUCUGACCUCAGGAAAGACAUUUGGAAGGAAAUAAGCAAUGACUUAGAAGGUGCAUAUAAACUGAUUCUAUUUAAGGUGGAUAUUCCUGUUAAUGAUGACACAGAUCCGGGAAGUAAAAUACUUGCGGAUAAUAUCAAAAAUCAACAGGAGUUGCUUCCAGUAAGAAUGGUUGAAUCAUAUUUUAAAGAGGAUGAAGACUACAUUUUUUUUGAUGAAAUACCCAAUAAUACGGAUAUUCGUAUUAUUAUACAACUGCCAACUGAAUUUGCAAACAAUAGGAUAAAGCUCGUAGAUAAUACAACAAAAUUUUUUGAUGAGCUCUUGCGUCCCUUUAAUGAGGAAGUUAGUCGUGAUAAUGUUGAACAGUUGCUUUCCAAACCAUUACUACUUAAAUUGCCAUGUCUCCCCGAUUUAGUUGUUGAUCCUAAUGUGCUUGAAUCCUUAUUUUCAAGUCCUAUUUAUUCUUCUAGAUUAAGUGCUAUUGUUGCUGUUGUUAUGAGUAGGAACUUUAAGGAAGGACCUGGUAAAGAAGGAAUAACUAUGGGAAACAUUGAUUCGCAUAUUAAUAUUCUCAUUGAACUUAUCCAAGAAUAUGCACGUGGUUGUAGUAAUAUGAGUUUGGAUCGUAAUCAGGCAAUCCAAUCUUCAACUACUACGACAGAAAAUAAGAAAUAUCGACCAGAUAUCGCGGUAUAUUAUAAUAGAGUACUUGUAAUGAUGGGCGACGCAAAAGACAUUAACACUAAGUUAGAAGCUGCAGAAACACAAUUAGAUGGAUACUUUGACUAUUGGAAUCCACUCGCCUUUGGUAGGUUGCCAUUUGUCAUGGCUUUUGCGGCAGCUGGUACAACCUUGCAAUUUUAUUAUUAUUAUCCCGGAAAUUAUAAACCAGAACGUGUGAAAAUUGGCGACAUCAUAGACCUUGGAACUACAAAUCGAUUAAAUAACUAUAAGGCACUUCAAUAUAUAAUCAAUUUUGUUCGGAUUGUUCAAACUUGGAAUUGCGAACAGUAUUUACAAGUUCCAAAGAUAAAAUUAUUUGAAGUAAUACGACGAAAAAAUGACACCACCAUCACAAUAACCCCCCAAAAAAUCAUUAAAAAAGUACAUAUAGAGGAUAGAGGACCUUAUUAUAAAGAUUUCUUCGAAAAUUUUUAUACUAGGAUUUUUCCAAAUUUAGGAGGGAAAUAUGUGGUACUUCAAUCGAAGUUUUAUGUUAAAUGGAUAUAUUUAAAAUUUACACCAGUUGGAUAUUUGACAAUUCCUAAAGAUGAAAAUGAGCUGAGAGACGCCAUAUGGGAUGUGCUUAAUGUUGUGAAUAACCUUCAUGCAAAUAGAAUUGUUCAUCGGGACAUUCGCUGGGACAACAUCUUAAGACUUACAAAUGAUGGUUGGAUAUUAAUAGACUUCGAAGAAGCUGCUCCUAUUGGAAGAGGUAACCUAAGAACACCUACAUUGAAUAUUACAGCUCCGGAAUAUAGAGGUAGAGAGGAUUUAUGUCAAGUAUCAGGUGAUAUCUGGAUGAUUGGAAACCUUUUUGAUGAUUGUAGAAUUCGUAUCCAGCUAUCUGAAAGUGCUAGAAAAUUUCGUGAUAAAUUAUUACGUCAAAAUCCUGCUGAAAGACCGACUGCAUCUGGUGCGCUAGAAGACAACUGGUUUAAAGGAAUGGAAUAG